GCGCACAAAGCUAACAGUACCUUGCUCCACUCGGCACUAGUUAUAUACCCUAAAUAAUGCAGACAGUUUCAUUCUGAAUCAUUAAUUAAAAGGGAAAUUCGACACUUACAAAUGACCGGAAGAUCGAUUAAUUGGGGGUUUUAGUGGUGUUUAUCGCGCUGUGUUGAUUUAGUGAAGCAAAAAGUAAUGAAAAUGAAUAGGAAAUAAAACAUCGCAUAAUUACUUUAUCGCAUGAUAAAUUUUUACUCAGUAUCCCAAAAUGAGGAAUUAAAAUGGUGCACCAGAUUGUUAAGUUCUUCUAAUGUGUGAUGUCAGUUGACUGUUAAUCAAUUGUGCGUUUUAUUGAAAUGUUUUUUUCAUUGAUUUUAAAGUGAUGUUCAGUUCAAUUCCGUAAAAAUAGUGAUCAAUUAUGCAUCUGUUUUUUUCUCCCUUCAAUUUUAUGGAUUUUGGUAUUACACGUGGAAAAUUCGCAGAGAAGUGAGCAACAUGGAAAUAAUCAAGAGUAACUCCAAGUAGUUGAUUAUACCCCCAGAAAAAAAAACCAAAAAAACCAAAAAGGGAAUAAAUCGAUCCUCCGGAAGGUGACGACGUCGUCUGAAACUCGUGAUAAAGUGCCGGAAAAAAUGAAAACAAAUAUGAGAAUAUGUAGUCGUCUCUGGCUGUUGUGGACAGUGAUGGGUGUAGUUAAAGCACAAACAUCCCAGCAUUGUCCGCCCCCAGCAUCAAUAAAACCGUGUUGGUGUUCAGUUAAGAAACUUGGGCUCGAUAUAAUAUGCGAAUACACCGAUCACAGCCACAUAAGUACAGCUAUGACAGCGCUGAAGGGCCAGCAAAAUACGAUAAUUUUAUACCUGAAGUUACGACAUAAUAAUUUGCCGAAACUGCCGGGAUUCAUUUUUCUGGGACUCAUUGUUCAACAUCUGACAAUACACAACAGCACACUGGCCGCAGUUGAAGAGACUUCUCUCAGUUCUAUCGGUAAAGGAUUAACACAAUUGGACCUCUCGCAAAAUUCCCUGGUGGCUGUACCAUCAGCAGCUCUAGCCAAUCUCCAUUCACUGAUGAUUCUUAAUUUAAAUCGAAACAAAAUUAAAGAUCUUCGAAGUCGCUCAUUCGCCGGAUUAGACACACUGGAGAUUUUGAAUCUCUACGAAAAUAAAAUCACUACUAUCGAGCAGGAUGCAUUCACUGGCCUUGAUGACCGCAAACUCAAACGCUUGAACUUGGGAGGGAAUCUAUUGACAGAUGUUCCAACAGUGGCACUGGCAUCUCUUGAUGUUCUGAAGAAAUUGGAAAUGCAAGAGAAUAAAAUUUCGUCGAUUACAGAAGGGGAUUUUGCAGGUCUGAAGGGACUCGAUUCGUUAGUGUUAGCGCACAACCAUAUACGUGAGGUGCCAGCACGUGUAUUUUCCCAUCUAACGCAAUUAAAUUCUCUGGAACUAGAUGGAAAUCUCAUCACUCAUGUUGAUCCUGAUGCAUUUAUCGGGUUAGAGGAAAAUCUUCAAUACCUUCGACUCGGGGACAACAAUUUGCACGCCGUACCCAGUGACGCCCUCCGCAGACUCCACCGCCUUCGACAUUUGGAUUUGAGAUCGAACAACAUCACUAUUUUACCUGAGGACGCAUUCACCGGUUACGGUGACUCGAUAACUUUCCUAAAUCUCCAACGAAAUUUAAUUAAACAUUUACCCCCGAUGAUUUUUGAAAAUUUAAAUUCCCUGCAAAUACUCAAUCUGCAGAAUAAUAAGUUGACCCAGAUACCCGAGGAAAUCACGGAGACGGUCAUUGAUACGUUGACAAUGGUCGAUAUAACUGACAAUCCGUUGAUCUGUACCUGCGACCUCCAGUGGUUCUCAGGCUGGUUGAAGAAUCUCCAGGACAAUGAUGACGACAUAAUGUCCAAAAAACGGACUGUCUGUACGAUGAUACAGGACAACCGUGAAUACGCAGUGCAAAAUAUUCCGCUGGAAAAAAUGGGCUGCGUUGGUAAAAACGCCGGCCGAGUAGCGUCCUCCGGAUUUAUUUCCUUCCACCCCUUUUUGGACGUUAUUCAAGUGUUUAUAACUGUUGGAAUUCUAAUCCUCUUGUAAUUUCUCCCCCUUCGUUUUUUAUAAUCAACGAUUCAACAAUUUACGAAUCAUUUGACACAUUGUUUUUGUUUUUUUGUUUUUUUUUUAAUAUUAUUUCUCUAUCGAUUUCGAAUAACUUGUCCGUUUUUUAUUGAAAACUUUGACAAUCGAAAGCCACAUAAGUUAUCGACCUUCUAUUUUGUUGAUGGAUUUUUAGUAAUAAACAAUAGUGGCUAUGUGAUAAAAAUGAAAGAGAGAUGUGUCAAUGGUUGACUCAUCCCGAGAGCGACGGGGUAUGAGCAAUCAUUGAGAUUGAAUGCAUGAGAGACACAAGAACAAGGCUUUUCCGAUUAACCCUAACGAUACAUAUCAUGAUCUUUGCUAAUACAUAUUUAUGGCUAUGAUUAUAUAUUUUGUUCCCUUUUGAUCUUCUACUGUCAUUAUAUGUAGGCAUAUUUACACCGGUUUUAUCGGUCACCGGGGAUAAGUACGAAUUUCAGAGACAUAUCACAAAAGCGCGUUCCAACUUCCUCGAUUAUUAUUUUAUUGGAACUGAAGAAAUCAACAAAAGUAAGACUUAUGGUAGAAUAUGGAUCGGAGAAAUUGUCGAGUUUUCUCCGAUUGAAUUGAAUAGUGAUGACGCGAGACUAGACGAGACAAGACGAGACAAGACGACAUGAGACGAGAUGAGUCGAGACGAGACAAGACGACAUG